CUCACACAUGAACCAGCCUGCUGUCUUUUUAUCUGUGCAUGCAUGCAUCUUCAGGACAAGAUGACUAGAAAUAAUAUUCAGCAUGAAAAUGAAUCUUGCAUUUGUACCAUUAUUAUUAUUAUUAUUAUUAUUUAUUUGGCAAAUGCAUGGUAUAGACUUUUUUUUGUAAACAAUCUGUGCACGUUUCAUUUUUAAAAAUAUGUUGAUAUGGUAAUGUUUAAUCAAAUUGUCUAGAGCUGGUUUCUCUGGUGAAGUGGCAUAUGCAGGACUUCUCCAGUUAUUUAGUCCUCUGAAGCUCCAGUCAUACAAGCUCAGACUCAUCUGAGAGCCACGCCCACAUCUGACCAUCCAAUCAACAACUGAUGCACAGAACCAAAUCCUGCCCUGCAUUUAUCUUUUCUGUAAAUCUGUCAUAUUUGCUGCAUCCCAAUGUGCCUACUUAUACUACGCCCUUAAAGUAUGUAUUUUUUUGGAGUGGAAAAAGUACACACUACAGUGUGUAGUAGAAGAGUAGGCUACUGUAGACAGGCUUUACAAACUAUCAUGUCAUGGAUGCUGUGUUACAGUUACACACACCCUGUCACUAUAAACUGGCCUGUCAUCUUGUCACAGUUAACAGCGGUGUUAAUUUCGUGACGAAGAUGAAAAGUAUUCGUUAACAAAUAUUUUAUCUGUGACGAAGAUGAGACGUUGAAGAGCUAAAAUUAAUAUCUGAUGAUAAAAACUAUGAUGAAAUAUAUGACACGUCUUCGUUAACAAGAUGAGGCGGGACUAUAAUGUUGUUUGAGGACUACCGGACAUAUAAAAUACAUCCAAUAGGCUAUUGUCUGGUCCUUAAAAUGUGCGUCCCUGUCAUUGGAUUGCAAUCGGAUAAGGGGCAUUUGCAUAUCUAAUCUCAUUAUAGAAGCUUCAGUGGAUGAAUAGACUAACAAAACAUGAACUAGUGAUCUGAAACAAUGGCCUCAGCACCCAAAAGGCUACGCAUCACAGACAGAGUGUGUGAACCUGGAGUUAGGCAUAUGCCCAGUCUGCUCUCAGUGCUCUGCUCUCGCGCUCCACUCAGGUGCGCUGCAUCCUGGUUGGUUCAGAUAACAUACUGCAGGAGGUCAGGGCUGCAGAAAAUCGUGCUAUAAGGCGAUUUAGAAAUUGCACACACUCAAAUCGCUAUUUUAUUUCGAUUUCGAUUAAUCGCACAGCCCUAUUAAUGAUGACUGGAAAUUGGAGAGCUGUGUCAUAAGCACUACUGAUUUUGACUCUUCUUUCUAAAAGACAGCGCACAACAUCCACAAGCAAAUUAUUAAGGAGCUGAAUGACUUUGGUAUUGAACCUGCUCGCAUAUCAAAAGUAAUGUUUGUUAGUGACAAGGGCGCAAACAUAAAAGCUGCCCUUCACAGCUACAAGUGUCACGCUGUCUAGUCUCUGUUUCCCUGGGUGUCCACUAGUGGGCUCACUUCCCCUUAGGCACUUCAACGUAGGCACUAGUAUUCCACUAGUCUUGUCCUGUCAUCACAGUAAUUGCACUCCUGCUAAUUGCACCAGGUGCAUUCACUUUAUUGUCAUUAGCCUCACUAUAAUUACCAGUCUUUUCCUGUUGUUUGGAUGGAGUCCUUUCAUGAUCCUGUCUUCUCGUCCUCUGAGACCCCUCGUAUUCCAAGUUCCCGUACCGUUUCCUUUCCUGUUCUUUGUUUGUUUGUUUUUGGACUGCUUUCUGGUUUUGACCCUGGCUUGUUUUUACUACGAUUUGGAUUACCACAAUAAAACAUACCUGCACUUGGAUCUCUCUCCCUGUGUUUCACUGGUCGCGAACAUCACUGAAGGACUCCAUCAUCUCUGAGAUCCAGCGGUAUGUCUGUUCAUUUUUCCUCCCCAGCCACCGAGCGGGAAAGGGAUGGUUUUUAGGGGAACCUGCCUGGUGGUUUUCCGUGGGACUAGGGGAGGUCGCAAAGGAGUUAGUGGUAGAGAGGAGGUUCGAUAUCGCCCUCCACCAUGGCCCCCUUCGACCCUGGGCUCGUGUGGAACGGAUCGGAGCCGCCGUCUCACCAUGGCGGACGGAAAGGAGAAAGGAAGCGUACGUCUACCAAUCCAACGCCACUGCACGAGAUGGCCACCAGCCCAGCGCCAUUGCACCAGAUGGCCGCCAACCCAGCACCACAAGGCAAGACGGAAGCCAUCCCGGCGCCACAGCACAAAGUGGUCACCAGCCCAGCGCCACGAGGCAAGAUGGCCGCCAGCCAAGCACCAAUGCCCAAGAUGGCUGCUGAUACAGUUUUGGAUUAUUUCUCCAUGCUGUCCAAAAUCCUAGAGAUUCCCAGGAGUGUUCAUGUCAUGUCUGCUGAUCCAGUGACUGUUCACAUCACGUCUGCUGAGCCAGCGCCACAAUACAAGAUGGCCACCAACCCAGCGCCACUACAGAGGAUGGCAGUUACAGUGGGCUUUCCAGAGGUGAGUCAGGUUCCCGUUGACCCUCCAGAGUUGAGUCAGGUUCCGAUUGACCCUCCAGAGUCGAGUCAUGUUCCCGUUGACCAUCCAGAGUGGAGUCAGGUUCCAGUUUACCCUCCAGAGUCGAGUCAGAUUCCUGUUGACCUUCCAGAGUCGAGUCAGGUGGCCAUUAACUUUCCAGAGUUUAAUCAGGUUCCGGUUGAUCCUCCAGAGUCGAGUCAGGUGCUCAUGGACCCUCCAGAGUCAGGGUUAGUCACCGUUGACCUUCCAGAGUCAGGGUUGGUCACCGUCAACCUUCCAGAAUCAGGGUUAGUCACCAUUGACCUUCCAGAUUUAGGGCCAGUUCAUGUUGACCUUCCAGAGUCAGGGUUAGUCACCCUUUGACCUUCUAGAGUCAGGGUUAGUCACCAUCGACCUUCCAGAGUCAAUGGCUAGUCACCGUUGACCUUCCAGACUCAAGUGAAGUCACUGGUGAUCUUCAAGGACAGAGUCAAAUCACCGGGGUUCUUCAUGGGAGAAUUAAAGUCACCAGUGAUCUUAAUGAACAAAGGCAAGUCACCAUUGAUCUUCAUGAACAAAUUCAAGUCACCAUUGAUCUUCCUGUGCAAAGGCAAGUCACCAUUGAUCUUCAUGAACAAAUUCAAGUCACCAUUGAUCUUCCUGUGCAAAGGCAAGUCACCAUUGAUCUUCAUGAGCAGAGUCAAGUCAGCAUUGAUCUUCUGGAAUCCAGUAUAAACACCAUGGGAUUACCAGAGUCUCGUCACUUCUCUGUUGAACUACCAGAGUCUACCCUCGGCUCGGCUGAUCUACCAGAGUCUCUCCUCGCCUCUGCGGAACUUCCAGAGUCUCGUCACGUCUCAGUCAAACUCUCUGAGCACCCGACUGAUCCUGUUGUGGCCACAGAGGCUACCCUUAACUUGUUCAUGUUCUUUGUUUCAGACUUGCCCAACCAGACUUGUCCUCCUGUUCAUUCAACCACAUGGAUGUGGUGGUCUUCUGCUCCGCCCUGGGAGGGCGUCUGUUUUGGCCGCAUGGAUGUGGUGGUCUUCUGUUCUGCCCUGGGGGGGCGUCUGUUUUGACCGCAUGGAUGUGGUGGUCUUCUGCUCCGCCCUGGUGGGCGUCACGCUAUGUCCUUCCUGGACUUGUGUUUUUGUGUUUGUUUUUUUCGUUCUUCUGCCUGUUUUCCACCUUUGGACCUGGCCCUCCGUCCCUCCCCCUGAUCCUCUGCUGGUCCACCUCCCUCCUGGACUCCUUGUUUUGUGUUGUACUUCUCUUGUCUCUGUUUACCCAUUUUACCUGGUCGUCUUGUCUCUGUUUCCCCAUUUUACCUGGUCCUCUUGUCUCUGUUUUCCCCAUUUUACCUGGCCUCCCGUCCCUUCCCUUGGUCCUCUGCCGCUCCACCUCCCUCCUGGUCUCUUUGUGUCUUUGGUCUUCCCUUGGGUCUGGGUGGAGCAUCUGGCAGCUGCUCCGUGGAGGAGGGGGUAAUGUCACGCUGUCUAGUCUCUGUUUCCCUGGGUGUCCACUAGUGGGCUCACUUCCCCUUAGGCACUUCAACGUAGGCACUAGUAUUCCACUAGUCUUGUCCUGUCAUCACAGUAAUUGCACUCCUGCUAAUUGCACCAGGUGCAUUCACUUUAUUGUCAUUAGCCUCCCUAUAAUUACCAGUCUUUUCCUGUUGUUUGGAUGGAGUCUUCUCGUCCCCUGAGACCCAUCGUAUUCUGAGUUCCCGUUCCGUUCCCUUUCCUGUUCUUUGUUUGUUUGUUUGUUUGUUUUUAGGAUGCUUUCUGGUUUCGACCCUGGCUUGUUUUGACUACGAUUUGGAUUACCCCAAUAAAACAUACCUGCACUUGGAUCUCUCUCCCUGUGUCUUACUGGAUCGCGAUCGUCACAACAAGUAGAUGCCGUGCACAGCCCAUGUCAUUAACAGUUACUGCGUUUUUGUUGCCUUUUAAAACUUGAAUGAAGAGAUGGAGGGUGACACGUAUCCAACGAGAAAAUGUCCAUUAGAGUCACCCACAAGCUUGGAACGUUUCUUUGACUUGUUUUAAGUCCCUGAAGAUGUUUCAAGCAGAGCAGAGCCGGAGCCAAAGCCGGACCGGAGCCUCGAGGUGAUAGCACCAGCAAACAGAUAGACUUAUUGGCCCGGGUCUCACGUUUUAGCUACAGUCAUCUAAUGUAUGUGUAAAAGGUUAAAUAUUCUGUUAUUUUAUGUUUAGUUGACGAAGCUGAGCGAGUCAAAAGAAAAAAAAAAUAGUUUAGUGAUAAUAGUGAAGAAGUUGCCGAGAGAGACAAGGUUCAGUGCUACAUUGAGGGCCAGUUCUUCUGGGAUGGAGAGGACAUUCUAAGCUUCUGGCAGUCACAGUCAAUCACCUUUCCUGUGCUUGCCAUGGUGUCAAAAAUGAUUCUUUGUAUCCCAGCCACAAGCGCAUCAAGUGAGCGCACAUUCAACUCUGCUGGCCAAGUGCUGGAGUCUGGGCCAAAUAGAUUAAAACCUGGUACUGUGGAUUCCAUUCUUAUUUUGCACAGCGAAUGUAAAAACGCUAAAUGAACAUUUCUGUGUGUUAAAUAAAUCAAAAGUUAAGUGGUUAUGUAGCGUAGGUUGUAAACUGUAGGCCUAUACAAAUCUGAAAUGUUUUUUUCUUUAACCUAUUAGAUUAAUACAAAUGCUACUUUUAAAAUGUUGAAAAUGUUUAUAAUUGUUAUUAAUAUGACAAGAUUUAUGGUUCAAUUUCAUAAUAUUGCCUGUUUACAUGUCGAUGUUUCAAAGCACUUUUUAAGGCUGAAAUAAAGGCUGUUGUUUUCAUUCACAUGACAAUAUCUAGUAUGUCUAUUUAAUGCUAGCAGGUGCGGGGCAGGUUAUAAAAAUAGAUACAGUGGUGCAGGGCAGGCUAGGGUGGCCCAAAUAAUAUCAUAAAAGCAGGACCUGCGGGUUGGAGAAAAACCCAACCCCUAGUGUACAUGGAUCUACACUUCAAAAAUCUACCUGAAAUAGUAUCUGGGGACUUCUUGCAUACUCUUUUCAAGAUACUUGCCCUACAACAUACUCAACAUUUACAUGCUUUGGGACGUACUUAAAGGGGGGGGGGAUGAAAUGCUCGUUUUCACUCAAUAUCCUGUUAAUCUUGAGUACCUAUAGAGUAGUACUGCAUCCUUCAUAACUCCAAAAAGUCUUUAGUUUUAUUAUAUUCAUAAGAGAAAGAUAGUCUGUACCGAUUUUUCCCGGAAAAACACGACUAGCUGGAGGCGUGACGUGUGGGCGGGGCUAAAGAAUCACGAGCGCCAGUAGGCUUUUGCGUUGAGUGCAUUUGGAAGCUGUGACAUUACCAUGAGGAAAAAAAAACAUCAUCCAAAACAAACCAUGGCUAACAGUCAGAUUCAGCGUAUAUUUAUGGUCCAGAAUCAGAUGCCGAGGCUGAAACUGAACGAGAGCAGCAGCAGCAACGACUCGCUCCGAGCGGGGCUCGAACCCGGGUCUUCGGCAUGGGAGGCGGAUGCACUAACAAGGAGGCAGAGAUAUUUUAAGCAGUUUUACUCACCGCCUGCGGUUCCAACACACGAUCGUGACCCUUUUUCAUUGGGAUUGCAUCAUCCUUAAGAAAUAAACGAUACGCAAAUCGUCGUCAAACUGGGCCUUGUUUGUAAGACAAGCAUCUUCGAAAUGCAGGGAACAAACAAAAACACUUGCACAACUCCGUUGAUGCUCUGUAAAAAUAAACUCCAUCGACUGGUCCCUUAAUGCUGUUUUUUUUGGUAAUCUGUGCAGGGUUGUCUUGCCCUGGCAACCAAAAACACACUUCUUUUGUGACAUUUGGCGACGCUCUCGCUCUGAUCAGUGAAGUCUGUUGUGCUCUCAGUGCUCUGCUAUACGGGAGCGCACGCUCUUCCGGCAGAAGUGCCUCAGGACCCAUAUAAGGAAAUUCCGCUCCAUCUAACGUCACACAGAGCCAUACUCGAAAAACACUUUCUGAAACUUGUGACAAACCGGAAGGAGUAUUUUGGGAACAAAAAUACUCCUUCAAACGUACAACUUAAUUUUUGAAACUUUGUCCAUGUUUAGCAGUGUAAAAAACUCAGUAUGCAUGGAAUAGCAUUUCACCCCCCCUUUAAUCUAAUCUCACAUACUAUUUAGGAUGCAUAGUAUGAACAUUGGGAAGCAGGGAUUCAGAUUCAAUAGUCUGUUGCUACUUUGUGACUUUAAGCAACUGUGAAACAACAGCCUUGGGCCGGUAUUGCCACCUUGUGGCCAAACUAAUUAGUGCAAAAAAUUAAUAAAUAAACUAAUCGUGCUGAUGGUUGAAGCCAUGCAUGCUGUACACAUAAAAACCAAAGUACAGUUUGGGCUUUACUCUUAAAGAGUGACAGCUGCACUGCAUUGACUGGAGGUCAUCUGUUUUCAGCUAGAGUUAGCUCUUUCUUGAUUCAGUUAGACCGAGGUUAGAAAUGCCUCAUAAAGUUCCUCACUCUCCCUUCAUCUCUUAUUCUACUUCCUUGUUCAUGUUUCAUUACCUCUCUCCCAUGCUCUUCCACACACCCCCACAUUGUC